AUGGCACCGCCGCCAAAGCGGAAGCGACCCGAUCGCACAAACUCAUACGAAGAUGGAAGAGAUGGGCGACCGUCACCAUACAGGCCUCAAGAUCUGCGCGCCGGAAUGGCACACUCUCAGCAACAACAUCAUCAGAACCAACAGAACAGCCCACGCGGAGGUGGUCCACGACGCCAAAGCCGGAACGGUGGUCGCGGUGGCUCCAGCGUCCCCCAAAGCCCCGUCAACACCUCGCACAAUUCACCGACAGCCAUGUCUCCUCCAGCGAAUAGCUUCCACUCGAAUAAGCCUGCGCCAGCUACACCAGCUGCGCAUGCGCCGCCGAGCAACCCGCCAUCGACACCAACCCCUGCGAAAGAUGUCCCCGAAAGCAAUGAGUACCUAACGCCCCAGCGCGUCGCCAACUGGAACGGUAGCGCCCGCAACGCCGUUGUCCAGGCUGCUCUGUCAGCGCAGCGGGAUGGCGACAUGUUGACUUUAUCCGUUGUGUUCCACGAGAUCAUCGAAGCGGCUAUCGACCGGCAGCUAGGUGCAACAGAAUUGGGUUCGCUGGUGCGAGAAAUCGUCACAUCGCCUUCAAGCGCCGACGUAGACCCUGUCGCGACGUUCCUCGACACGCUGAGUUCCUUGACGCUCGACAAGGAUAAGCAGGCCCGCGUACAGCAGAUGCUCAUGGCCACGGAUAUCGACAUAUCUCGUAUGCGAGACGAGCUCGAGGCUGAACUACUAGGAUCAUUAGGUCUCGUCCGCGACACCUUUGGUAGGGUGGCCGUCCGCAAAGCAACCCACGCCUUAUAUCGCCAAUCAAAUUACAACCUUCUGCGCGAAGAGACCGAGGGCUACUCGAAGCUCAUGACGGAGUAUUUCACCACGGUGAACAAGCCGUUGCCCCCGGAUGCCGCCAAGGAGACUCUUCAACGCGUCAAUGCUCUUAUCGGUGCAUUCGACUUGGACAUUGGACGAGUGCUCGAUGUCACUCUGGACGUAUUCGCCAACCUUCUUGUGAAGCAUUACUCAUUCUUCAUAAAAUUCCUACGAGUAAGCGCGUGGUGGCCUCAACUGCGAGGCUUCGAUGGCUUGGAGUGGGAAGAGCCUCUAGUAGCAUCGUUGCCUCAAUGGGCCCUACCUGGCUCGCUGUAUAGGCGCGAUUCUCAACAUAACAUCGAUGAACAGAUGCAGCUUCGAGAGCAGCGGGAUCGGAAGUUUUGGGCGCGAGUUGGAGAGCUUGGAGAGCGUGCAGGGAUACAAGCAUAUUUUGAGCUCGGCGCCCGUCGCAUUACGGCGAACAAUCGACAACCAGAUCAGACUAUGCCGGCAGACGGUCAACCGAUCUCGAAACAACAAGCGGCUCGAAAAUGGGCAGACGAGUGGAUAGCAGAAACCGGAACACUGCCACCGCCAAGCAACGACAUUGCAGCCCAGCUCCUCGGCUUCAAACUACGCUUCUACGCUUCCGAUGCUCGUGAUGCUCACGACCUCCUUCCAGACAACCUCGUGUACCUGGCAGCUCUAUUGAUCAAGAUUGGAUUCAUUUCACUACUGGACCUGUAUCCCCAUCUAUACCCCUUGGAAGAAGACAUGGAGGCUCACAAAGAAAAGCUCAUGGCAGAGAAGAAGGCUGCCGCCAUGGAGAAGGAGAGUGGAGAAGGUAACGCUCUAACAAGGGCUGGUGCAUUACCAGACGAUGCCCCACCAGCCCCACCGGCCGUUUCACGCCUGAGAGAGCGGGAAACUGCGUCGAAAUCAGACUCUGAGCGAAACACACCUGCAAGCACCGACGAAGAGAAGGACAAAAAGAGCUCGUUACCCGAACCGGCCGACCAAAAGCAUCUGCUAUUGAAGAGUCUUCUGUGCAUAGGCGCACUGCCAGAAGCGCUGUUCAUUCUUGGACGACACCCUUGGAUGCUAGAGGUAUAUCCAGAUCUUCAUGAGUUCUUGUUCCGGAUAGCUCAUCACUCCGUGAGCAAAGUCUAUGAAGCCACCCGGCCUAUCCCCUCGGACCAGUUCCCUGUUGUUCCAAAGGGGGCCGGUCUACGGACAAACGCACGUCCAAGCGAUUUUAUUCCCCGAAAGACGCUGAGAUGGGCGAAGCUCGACCAGCGCGAUGCCGGCGAGGGUCUGAACUACAAAUUCUACUGGGAGGAUUGGGUAGACAACGUACCUGUCUGUCAAGAUGCUGGAGAUGUACUCAAACUCUGUACUUCCUUCCUGGGUCUACUUGGUGCAGAAUGUGGCAGGGACACCCUUCUCUUGACGAAGAUUGUACGGAUAGGCAAGAAGAGCUUGGCUGACGACGACUCCUCCGCGAACCGCAAGCGCUGGAUUGACUUCUGUGCUACCUUUAUUGCUCCUGCAUUGUCGUUCACAGACAAGAACCCGGGCAUCACCAAUGAAGUUUGGGGACUGCUCAAAACUUUCGACACAGCCACUCGGUACAUGAUCUACCAGCAAUGGUUCUCGAGCAUGAGGCCGACAAGCUUGCGAGACGAAUUCGCGCAAGUACUGAAGUCGACCAAUAAUCUCCUUGGCCGAGUUGCUGCAGGAAAUACCAAAGAGUACAGCAAGAAGAUUGCCAAAAUCUCAUACGCAAGCCCUGGUAUCGUCUUUCAGAGGUGUGUGCAGCGAACCAUCAAUUAUGCCAACAUGAUUGACACACUUGUGGAGUGCGUCAAGUACCUUACGCUCCUCGGAUACGACUGUCUCACCUGGACCAUGGUGAAGUUUUUCAUCAACCCCAGCAAAGAGGGCACGCAAGACGACGGCAUGCUUUCUGCACCAUGGCUGAAGAACAUUGCAUCUUUUGUUGGUAAAGUCUACCAGCGUCAUUCAUUCAUGGAUCCAACGCCGGUCCUACAAUUCGUCGCUCAUCAAGUUUUGCAAUCCGAGGGAGAGUUGUACAUGCUUGAUGUCCUUGAGCAGAUGAUCAAGUCGAUGGGUGGUAUCAGCAUUUACGGCACUCUCUCCGAGAACAUGAUUCUUUCCCUUUCUGCUGGACCGGGCUUGCGUACAUUUACCUUCACACACCAUCUAUCCGACAAUCGCCACCAGGUCGGAUCUUCCGCGAAACGACUUGCGAGGCAUCUCAAGGAGACUGGCCUUGCGUCGCAGAUCCUUGUUGCGUUAGCCCAGCAUCUCCAAGGUUAUGUGUAUCGAGAAGACCAACAAGAUGCGCCUGACAAAGUCGUGCUUUUCAAUCUUGACAAGUUGCGCUCCAAUCUAUUGCAGUACCUCGAGCUUCUCCGCACCUAUAUAUCGGUAGAAGAAUACGACAGCCUUUUCCCUGGGGUCGUCGAGAUGAUGUCUGCCUACGGUGUGGAGGCGGACAUCGCUUUCACAGUCGCACGCGCUAGCAUAGCUGCAAAAGCGAACAAGACCAGAAUCCGGAAACCCAAAAGCCCUACUUCCCGGCAAUCAAAUGGCGAUGUUGUCAUGGGCGACGCCGACGGGAAACCCACUACCAACGGUAUAAAUUCAACACCGAAGGAUCCUGAACAGAAUUCGACAGUAGCAAUCAACGCGGAUGUUGCUGAUCAAUCAUCGACAGAUGUUGAAAUGGCAGAAGCUCACGACUCGUCCGACCAGCUAAUUGGCGACCCGGAGCCAGUGGUUGAUUCGGCCAAUCCCGGGAUAGAAGCGUUGGUGAAAGAGAUGAAAACUGUACUACCGGACACGUUUGGUCAGCAUCCAUGCUUGUCGUUCUACGUCACUUUCUGGCAAUUGUCACUACCUGAUGUCGAUACUAGCGGGUUCCGACAACAAUACCAGUCUGUGAUCGAGCAUUGGGAGAGACAGUUGCCUGCUCCAGCACCUUCGGGCCGCCGUGGCUAUAACUCCAGCGUACCCCGGAAAGAGACCGAUCAGAUGCGGAAAGCGAAGAUUGAGAUUGCCAAGCUGAAGGUGGAACAGCAGGAGGUCAUCCUAGCCAACAAUCUCACUCAGACCCAUCUGCGUGUGGAGAUGCAACGAUGGUUUGAGGGGGUCCCGAUGAUCGGUGCCCAAUCGGAUGAACUCCACAGUGCACUUCUUCAAGACUGCUUCCUUCCGCGAAGUCGCAUGUCGCUCCAGGAUGCCCAGUUCUCGGCUGCUAUACUGAAGUACAUGCACAGUUCUGCAACACCCGGCUUCCGCACCAUCAAGCUUCUAGACCUUUUGUUCAACGCCAACAAAUUAGCUUGCAUUAUCAGCAUGUACUCGGACGAGGAAGCACUGACUUUUGGCCGCUUCAUCAACAGCAUCCUUCGAGAACUCUACACAUGGCAUGAGAACAAGAACGAUGCAUACGCCAAAUUUGCUCUUGGUUCAGACAGAAAGCUCCCCGGAUUCGGCAAGAAGUUUGACUCUGACCGCAUUCCAACGGACCAUCUCCAAUAUGAUGAGUUUUGCAAGCUGCUUUACAAGUGGCACAAAUCGCUCUUUUCGGCCCUCAAGGUCUGUCUCGAUACUGGCGACUUUCAGCAAAUUCGUAAUUCUCUCGUUAUCUUGACAGCGUGCUCUGGAAGCUUCCCUAAGGUCGACACAAUGGCUUUGGAGCUGAAGCAGGCCAUCGAACCCAUGGCGAAACACGACGAGCGAGGCGAUAUUAAGACUACGGCAGGUUCCAGUCUGGCACUGUUCCGCAACCCCGAGAAGAACUUCCAGUCGGAGUUCAAGUUUCGCAAUGUUCCCGAGCCCCCGAAACUGUCACCGACGCCAGUCAAUGGGAACAGUGAGGGCACGCCUAGAAAAUCCGCCACGCCCCAACCGCAAGACAAUUCCAGCACGAAGCUCAAACCAACAGCGCCGGCCUUCCAGCCUAAGACAGAGACUAACGGCAAUGCACGAGGAUCCACACAGCGGCAUGAAGUCGACAAUCAGAAUCGCCCCACAGCCUCGCCUUCAACACUGCCGCCUUCUUCGCGUGACUGGGAAUCUGCAAGGUCGAAUUCGAGAUUACAAGAGUCUCGAGCAGCAACUCCAUCGCAACAAGAAAGGGAUAGUGUCAAGCCGGCUGCAGGUACUCCAGUGUUAUCUACAUCCACAGUUCCGCCUCGACCAGAUGGCAGGAACACGCCCCAGGGUCCACCAACAGGCAGACCUUCGCACGUUUUACCCACGAGGCCCGAUCCACAGCCACCAAGAUCACGCCAGCCUGAGCGGCCUGGGUCAGAGCGACCUUUAGAUCAUGGCUCUCAUGGUCGUUAUGAGGUUCGAGGGCCUCCGGGCGACUAUGGACGCCUAGACCGUUCCGGUGACCCUGCACGUCAACGCGAAGCCUCACCAGGGCGUCGUGGACGUCCUGUUCCUGGAGGCAGGACCCCUGAGCGGAUGCCUCACGCAGGCGAUCCUCGAGAUUGGGCAGCUCGAGAUGCAAGGGAUUACGACGAGCGAGCAAUGCGUGCACCGCCGCGGGAUGCUCGAGCACCCCCAGUGCGACCUCCUGCUUGGGAUCCUCGAGACCCCAGAGAUCCCCGAGAUCAGCGCGACCGGACUGACUCUCGUGGACAUCCUGUUCCACCGGCCAUGGAGCCCAGACGAAUGCCGUCUAAUUCAGCGCUUGCCCAUGAACAUAGGCGUGACAUGCCGUCUCACUCCCGCCAUUUAUCGGAUCGCAGCGAUCAGGGAUCAUCGCGACUACCAUCAGCCGCACCUUCACCUUCUGCAGAUGGACCUACCGUGAAUCCUGCGCGCGCAGCUUUGAUCAAUCAAGCGGAUCAUGGGAGAGACGAACCAUCUAGAAAUGAUCGAGAACCGCGGAGAGACCGAGGUAUGAGACCACAGUCUCCUCGUGGAGAAGACCGACGUGGUGAGAAUCGCCACGUCGAUGACCGUCCCCUCCCCCCAUAUCAUGGCCGGAACGAUCUGCCUCGUGAGCCUCAAGACGAGCGCGGCUUGCCACCGCCGCAUUCAAUUGGUCGUGAUCGUCGUGAAGAGCCGGUAGCAAGCACACCAACAGGCCCUCGGAGUGGGCGGAAUGAACCCGGGUCUGCUGCUGGUACAUCGAGAGAGAUGUUCCAGCCACGGUCUGCACGAUCAACAGCCCAGGAUCCGAAUUACGGCAGGCUGAAUCAGCCAGCAGACCCGGCUCCGCCAUCAGGACCGCGGGGCUCGUACAACACCCCGAAUGUUGACACUCCAUCGCUCAGCAGAUCAGGCGAGCGACCCCAUCCGCAAUCUCAACCUCCAACCCCUACUCCACCUUCAGGGCCUGCCUCAUCCCAGGCAGCCGGAAUACACCCCAGCAGGUUGGACAAUAUUCAGCGUGACAAUAUUCAACGUGCGCCACCAGGUCCUGCCUUGCAGACUAACAUGCCGAAUGCGCCGAGCGGCCCCCGUGGUACAGGCCGAGGACCCCAAAAUGUCCUGCCCUCGCCUGUCAAUCGAGGUCCUCCAACUGGUCCUGCCGCCAACGACCGUGGACCGCGUGGAGGUGACCGUCGAAACCCACUAGGUGCAAUCAACAGCGUUCUUACUCAGAACGCGCCUGCUCCUGAGAGCGGAUCGAACGGUAGGGCCCCUCUCCCACCGCAGAAUCCUCCUGUCCGUGGUCGCGGAGCAAGUCGCGCCAAUGGACCUGUCGAUGCAACUGGUGGCACCUCGAGCCCUAUGCCCCCUCCAUCACACAGCUCAACACCAAAUGCACGUGCAGAUCCCUCUCAACAAAGGAGUGGCAGGGGCGAGAACCAACCGAGCACGCCACAGGAUGAAGGACGAUCGGAGCCUCGAGGCCAUCGAGAGAGCAGACGUUCAGGGCGCGAGCGAAGUCGCUCGCCGGACCGGAGCGACCGCCGUCCCGACGAACGAGCUGCCCGCAAUGUACCGCCUACUGAAGAUCGCAGCGGCGAUCGAGAACGAGGCAGUGGCCGCGACAAGCGUGGUAGCGACCGAGAGGGUGGUAGUCGACGCGACCGUGGCGAACGUGAAGGUGGCGAACGACCUCCACGCGAAUCAGGAGGUAGUCGAGAGUCACGCGACAAUGGCAGCAGGCGUGAGCGCAGCUCUCGCGAACGAAAGGAGGGCGCCCACGCGAGGACCGACGCAGCAGAGGCGGCGGCUCAGCAGACGACGGACGCAAGAGGGUGCGAGAUCCUCAGGAUCAGGGGCAGGGACAUGGCGACACGAAGCGAAGACGCUAGAAGACGACUAAAUACACACCACUGA